AUGGUAAAAGCAGAUUUAUAUUCUGUCGAUCUGUUCUUACCUUAUCUGUUCUUAUCUGUUCUUACCUGUUUCCGGCGUCGAGAAAAAAAUGACCAUUACGUCCCUGUGUGCUUACCAGAACUUCCCGAUUCCGUCUCUCCCAACUAUGGAAUCGUCCAAUCCGCCGUCAUGAAGCUUGCAGAGCAUCUAAAGUGCAAGAAGAGGGUUGUAGAUGGUGGAAGAAAGAGCUCCGGCAGCAGCAGUAGGGUAGGGAUGUCGGUUUCCAGUGGGGAAGAAGGUGGUGGCAGUGGUGGUGCUAUGGUGGAGUAA